AUGGCUGACGGGAUCAUUUCCAUGGUACUGAAGCAGCUGGCUUCAACAGCUUAUGAAUACGUAGCUGGAGAAGUGAAACUUGUUUUGAACGUCACCAAAGAAACUGAAGAUUUCGCUGCCAAACUCAAAGAAAUUCAAGCUGUUCUUGAGGAUGCGGAACGAAGACAGGUGAAAGAUGCCAGCGUGAGAAUCUGGCUGGAUAAGUUGAACGACAUAUCCUUCCAGAUGGUGGACGUGCUGGAUGAGUGGAACACUAACAUGCUGAGACAACAGGUUGAGAAGCAAGAACGAGAAGGUGAAGUUGUUGUUCCUGAGGAGGAGAAGAAGAAGAAGAAGGUAUUUGGUCGAGAAAAGGAAAAAGACGUUCUGAUAACAAAGUUGUUGAGUGAUGGUGGAGAAGAUCAGAGGGGGCUCCCUAUCAUCCCUAUUCUAGGGAUGGGAAGAAUGGGAAAAACAACUCUAGCCCAACUUGUUUAUAAUAAUGACAAGGUUAAAGCUUAUUUUGAAAAGAGAGUGAGGGUUUGUGUCUCAGAUCCUUUUGAUGAGAUUAAGAUUGCCAAAGCUAUAUGCAGUGAUAAUGCCCCAAACUUAAAUGAGUUAGAUCAUGUUUUGCAACAUAUGUCAACAUCCCUCGAGGGCAAAAGGUUUCUCCUUGUCCUAGAUGAUGUGUGGACCCACGACCAUAAAAAGUGGGAAAAAUUAAGGGCAUCACUAAUUCAAAGUGGUGCUCAUGGUAGUAGAAUAUUGGUGACCACAAGACAACAUGAUGUUGUUGAUAUGAUGAGAGCAAGAAGUGACAUGAUCAAUUUGGGAGAGUUGAGUGAAGAGUAUUGUUUAUCAAUCUUCAAUCAUAUGGCAUUUGCUGAUAUAGAAGUAGAUGAGUCAAGUGCGUUUAAAGAUAUUAGUAAGGAUAUUGUGAAGAAAUGCAAGGGUUUACCUCUCGCUGCAAAAGCUUUAGGUGGUCUCAUGUAUAAUAAGAAAACAAGGAGGGAAUGGCUAGAUGUCUUGAAUAGUAAAAUAUGGGAUCGAGAAAAGGUGGAGCAAGAGGUUUUUCAACCACUUUUUCUAAGUUAUUAUGAUUUGGCCCCAACAAUCAAAUGUUGUCUUUUGUAUUGUGCUAGUUUUCCUAAAGAUUAUGAGUAUAGGAGGGAUGUGUUGAUUAAUCUUUGGAUGGCACAAGAUUAUCUUAAUUCAAAAGGGAAUAAAGAUGAGGGAGAAGUUGGUCAAGCAUUUUUUGAUAACUUAGUAGCACGAUCCUUUUUUCAAGAUUUGGAGAAAGAUAGUGUUAGUGGUAAAAUUAUAGGUUGCAAAAUGCAUGAUAUUGUUCAUGACUUUGUGCAAUCUCUCACCAAGAACGAAUGUUUGAUCCUCGACACUGAGGGUAUUGACAAUGAAAUAGAGGCUUUGGGUGAAAAGGUUCAUCAUUUGACCUUAAUCUUUUGGACAUUAAAUUUGAGAAACAGUGGCAUAACUGAAGUCCCAGAGGAAAUUGGUGAAUUGAUACAUUUGAGGCAUAUUGAUUUGUCAUGGAAUGAUGGUUUGAAGAUAUUGCCGGAUAGUAUUUGUGAGUUGUACAAUUUGUAUACCUUGCGCCUUUGUCACUGCCGUUCUUUUGAAAAACUACCUGAUAACAUGGGAAAGUUGAUUAGCUUAAAGCACAUGUAUAUUGGGGAAUGUCGUAAGCUGGAGUACUUGCCAAAAGGAAUUCGAAGAAUAAAAAAAUUGAAAACAAUUGAUGAGUGUGUUGUGGUUUGUGGUGAGGAUGAGGACAGAGCAGCACUACAAGUGGGAAAUAUGAGAGUCUUGAACGUUGAGGGCAGUCUCACCAUAAAAUUGAAGGGGAAUGUGAAAGAUGAGAGGGAGCUUGAGAAGGCACAGUUGUGGGACAUGAAGAAACUCUUUCAUCUUGAAAUUGAUUCUGAGGAUAGAUGGAGUGAAUGCAAGUUUUUGCCUCCUCUUGGGAAAUUGCCCUACCUUGAAAAGCUGACUCUAUUGCGUUUGGACAAGGUGGAAAAGAUUGGAGGUGAAUUUUUGGGAAUAGUUGAUUUAGAUGAAACGUCAUUAACAUCAUCAUCAUCCACCUCAUUUUUUCCAAAGUUGAAACAACUCCAUAUUAACAACAUGUACGCCUUGGAAGAGUGGGGAGUAGGCGUGGAAGGGUGGAACAAAGAGGAUUCUGAAAUUUCAAUCAUGCCAUGCCUUUCCUCUUUACUAAUUCAGUACUGCAAAGGCAUAGAAACACUGCCAGACUUCCUCUGCAAAACACCACUGCAGGAUUUUACCAUUAGGGGUUGUCCAAUUCUUUCAGAGCGUUGUGAACAAGGCAGUGGCGAUGAAUGGCACAAGAUUUCUCACAUCCCAAACAUCAGAAUCUAA